CACAGCUUCGUCGACUCUUGAACACAACCGGUUACAAUGGCUUGGCUCGCGAGAUGCCUUCUAGUCUGCCUCUACCUCGUGAUCCUCUCCGUGGGCUCCCUGCCCUCCCGCGGUUCGGCCAUGGGCCUGCCCCAGCCGCCGCGGAAACUCAACUUCACCAUCGGCGUCGAGGGCGUCGUCUGGUGCAAGGGCUGCCGGUACGGCGGCUACGUCAAGUCAAAGGAUGCGUCGCCUCUCCCGAAUGCGGCGGCGGUGCUGCGGUGCCAGCGCGGCAAUUGGGACCUGUCGGUGUGGAACACCACUGACGCCGACGGCUACUUCCUGAUCCAGACGGAAAGGCAGGUGGUGCCGUUCAUGAGCAAGGACUGCACGGUGUACGUGCCGUGGUCGCCGGCGCGCGGGUGCGCCGUGCCCGUAAAUCCCGCCCGGAAGAAGGGGUCGCCGCUCAAGUUCCGCAGGUUCGUGCCGCUCUCCGACGAGCUGCAGGCGCGGUACUCGGCCGGCAACUUCACGUUCGCGCCGAAGGGCCCCAGCGCCAAGUGCAAGCUCUAGCUGACUCUGAACGUUGGAGGGGCUCGAGUGCAGGGCUACUUAUGUGUGAGACCUCUGUGUGAUGGAAGUGUGCCGCCGGCCGUGUGGAUAAAUACUUUAAAGCUGGCAUGCAAUAAAUCAGAUGAUAUACAUGUUUGCAGGGGAAUAAUCAUCGUGUAACAACAUUGAUCUGGCGUAGGAUAAUAUGUAAAGGUAUCUCUUCCAAAAUUUAUUCCUCUCCGAUCUCUGGUGCAAGCAGCUGAUCCUAGCAUAGCGCGCCUGUAGU